CUCAUGUUCUACAGUUACGUUCCAAGUUCUAGCUGAUGUUUUCCUGUUCACCUGCUGGUUCUUCUCUUCACUUUGAACAGUUAAUGAAGUUCGACCACAGGAUAUCACCGUCAAAGAAACAACCUAUUUUGGGUGUAUGACCGGCUACAGCCUCUGGGUAUAUCACUUAGCCAUUCUGGCAUGUUGGAGACUAUGUCAGCUAUAUCAGGCAGCUUUAACACUGAGCUUAUCAAUUCCAUACAAGGGGGCAAGAAAUUUCGAAUAGUUGGAGACAAUAUUAACUUCAAUAUUGGAGUCACGAACGAGAGAAAAAGUACAGGUAAAGCUGGCCAUAUGGAACAUUGGUUUAGAUCUGCUGCCAUAAUAUAUUGUUCAAAAUGUUUCAUUCAAUGACUGUUCAGACACAAUACCCCAGUGCAACCUUGAGCAGCUUCCAGCUGAGCAAUUCAUUAUGCAUGAUAAUGACUGGAAAGUGAUAACAAGUGAUAUGUGCAUUCUUGUUUCAAGGGUAUUAACAGACUUUUUUCCAUGGCUAAAUUUUGCCAAAUCAGCUGUAAGUAAUGAAAUUCAAGGGGGAACACCUUUGAAAAUGAAACUGAAAAACACAGUCAUACCCCUUCAAAUACAGCAUAAAAUUGAACAGAAAUAUGCUGAUGUUGUAGAUAUUUUGGACACAUACCAAGAUUUAGGUGAGACCUUAUAUCAAGGUUCUGGACUCCAAGUUCCUCAAAUUCACAUAGGGGGUGACCAGCUCACUAGAGAAAGGUUUUCUGGUGCAAAAAGACUAAGAGCAGCAGCCCUGACUGCAUCCGAGAGGUUUGAAAAUCUAUCUCCAAUAACAUUUGAGCUGUUCCAUCUUCAAAUGACUGUUUUAGCAACAUUCUAUGACAUACUUUACAAAGCGGACUGUACAGAGCCAUUCACACUUUACUCACAGAAAGUAAGACUUUUGCGAAAACAUGCUGAAGGUAAAGACGUCAAAAAUCAUUAUCAUAGCUGUCGAGACCUAGCAGUUUCAUUCAUAAGGGCGUACAUUGUCGAAGCAACAUGUCAGUAUUUUGAUUUGAAGAACACUGACACAGCCCCAGAAAAUCUCCCAGACCCCAAAAAUAUGACAAACAAUGAAAUAAAGCAUUGGAUGACGACUUUUGUACAACCACUUGUUUUAAACAUAGUAUCUGAAAGCAGGCGGCACAUAUCAAGCGAAGAUGUGGAUGUUAAUAGAACUGACGCUGUAUUGUCAUAUGGAAAAGUUGUAUUGGAACUUGGACUCAUUUUUCUCGAACUAUGUGACAUUGUGAAAUCACCAAGUCGGAUUCGUUUGCUCUGUCACAUGAAGUAUAUCAUGCUGGUGUUGAAAGGCCAUAAGAAUAAGUCAAAAUAUGCUCUUGAGAUUUUAAGACUGUUAUGUCAGCAAUUUGCCCUCUUGAGUGAAAAAACAUUGUUGCCAAGUUUAGGACACAAUAGAAAACAGAGGGCAAUGAAAGUAAUAUUUUAUCAUCUCCCACGUCUAUCGAGGAUUUCUACCUCCAGGACACCUGCUGCCAGUAAAAUGACAUCAUCUUAUGUUGCCACUACCCCUAUCACACCUACCACUCCUACGAGGAUUUCUACCUCCAGGACACCUGCUGCCAGUAAAAUGACAUCAUCUUAUGUUGCCACUACCCUAUCGCAACUACCACUCCUUCUACGAGGAUUUCUACCUCCAGGACACCUGCUGCCAGUAAAAUGA